AUGGGACCUUAUUUAUCACAUCCAAAAGAAACAGAUGAAGUAAUCGAAGGGAAAUUAACACGUUCAAAACAUAUUUCUAAUAUGAGAAGAAGACGAAAACACCUUUACACAGGUAUGAUUAAAAGAGUCCUUAGCUCUCAAAAUUCAAAAUCCUCUCUAUCCUUAUUAUCGCUCCCAGAAAUUGCAUUUUUUCGAAUACUGCAAUAUCUUGCGGGUGACUUAAGAACAGUUCUUGCUUUAUCAGCUUCUCUACACGUCAAAGUUAUGGAAGCUAUGGAUCAUGCUUUUAACUCAGUAGAAUCUCAGUUCGCAUUAGUUCAUUCACAUUUAUUAUACCUUUUUUAAAUAAAUAAUUCUUUAAAAAGUCAAUAAAAACACUGUUUAUUUUCAAUAAAUUGAAAAAAUAUUUAUUAUAAUAAGAAUAGUCUUCAAAAAAAGUUACCAUGAUAUCACCAAUAUUGCUGUGGCUGAAAGAAAAGGAAUAAGGGUUGAUAGAAUAAUCGUUGCUGAGCUUCUGCCAAUAUUAAUAAACCACACUAUUAAACUAAGGUACACUUACAAGCUAUACUCAUCUGAUUAUGUAUAUAAAUCAGAAUUCAAGUUCGACUGCAUAAAUAAGCUAAUGUUAAUUAUUUAUAGAGAAGUCACUGUUUUCAUAGUGGUCUCCAUUAACGCUCCAACUCUUGUUUGCCUGUAUGAACUGGCCUUCACUGUAGCUUCUUCUGUGUAAGGAUUGUGCUUGCUGCAAAGUCAAGGGCGUUUGGUCAUCGUGCUGAGCGUCAAUGUAGAUUUUUUAAAAAAAAUUCCUAUUCGCUUGUCAAAUAAGAUGGAAACUCGGAGCUCAGGACAUCGCGCUACGAAUUGUCCACUAGGUCUAGUGGGUGCCCUAUGGUAAUGAUCUUUUUCUAAGCUUCAUAUCUGCGAGGAAAAAAACUGUCCGGAAAUGAGAAGGGAUAACCCCACUUUACCACCAAAUUGGUAAAACCUAGCUGGAUGCACAUCUAAGGACGAUUUUAUCCCUUAAAAGAUUUUGGGAACCUAAUUCGGACUCUUGCUAAAGGUUGCAGGAGGGCAUGCCAACUUAUCAUGCCAUUUUACUGCAUUCAUAAAUAAAGGCUUAACUUAACUUAAACAAGAUUAUUGAGAAGCUUCCGGUGGCAUCCUAGGAUAUUUUUCUUUUUCUUGUUUUGCUCGCCGUCUGCUGUCGCUUAUCAUUCCUCUCCCUGUGGAUUACCUUAACUCGGAGUAUAGUGGGAUGAGUCACUGUAUCCCCUAUCAAGCUUCCAGAAAAUUUGAAAAAACGAAUUUUCUAUGUUGUUGACCAAGAUGUCUCCUGAAUCCCAGGAUGCAACACCUAGUAUUGUGCUGGAGCAUUACCCCAUUGGUUGUCCUGACUUUGCUGGUUAUCAUCUCUUUUCCAACUCCGAGCUUCCAUCUCCGUUAAGGUAAAAUCUUGACUUGGAUGCAAGCUGCGCGUUCUACCAAACAAAGUAAAGCCUUGCCGUUUACUCACCCCAGACUCUCUCCCCUUCCAAGGUUAACCCAUUCGCUGGUGUUAAGAGGGUAGGUUUGUUUACCCCUCAAUUUUUAUAUAUCCUAAAAUAAAGGCAAAAGAAAAUUGUGAGCACAUCGAGACGAAUGCAAAUUUAAUGGAGAAGACAUCAGAAGAGCUUUCACACAACAAAUUACUGCUGUGUGUAUAAGCGAUAAUAUAGAAAUUGCUAUUAACUGGUUCAAUUUAAUGGGCCUGAUUAAGCUUGAAAGUGUCCAUUGGCAAGCCCCAAUAAUCCAAAAUACACACGAAAUCUUAAAAUCUUUACAAUUAGAGCCUGAAUUUCCAAAAACUCCUCAGGAUGACUCAGACGGUAUAAAGAAAAAGCUUUAUCUUUAUAAUGUGUCCAGACAUUGUGAGCUUGAGCUGUCACAGACUGAGUGAUAUGAUGGAGAAUAUUAUGGGAAGCCUAACCAAGUAUAUGUGUAUGACUAUUUUUACCCUUUUUUGAAGCUAGUUAGAAGCGAAUUUGCAGGGGUUGACGUGACUGUGUCAAGAAAUACUUAUAAAGCUGAAAAAGCGGGUAUUGUACCUGAUAGUGUAUCAAGGAUAGGGAUUCAGAUUGAAAUUAAAAAGCCUGGUGUAGAAAUAGUGACUGAAGUAAAAAGGAUGGGAUUUGUAUAUGACAGACAUAAAGCACUAGAGCUGAGGAUAGGAGAUACUUUUGUGCUUUAUAUCAGCAGAGGAGGAUAA